AAAAAAUGGAUGACGCUUCUGUGCUAAAAUAUCUCCAAGAAAAUCCGAAACUUGUUGAGGAUUUCGUUGUUUCAAAUGAAAUCUCACCAGAAACUUUCAAACGAUGGGCGGUACGAAGAACAAUGAAAUACAAAAAUGUGAAGAAUGGAACUUCUGGGGGAACGGGCGCCUGGACUGAACCGGAUCUAUCAAUGAAGCGGAGAGUUAUUUUGGAAACUUCCGAUAAUAGGACAAGAAUCCUUUACGAAAUAACUCAGUGUUGUGGACAAUUGAUUGGAACCAAUUCGAUAGAGUUGAUUGUUCAAAACGACGAAGGAGCAUUCUCAUGCAGGAAAACAGAGAAUGGAGAACUUAAAUUGAAAAAAGUAAAAACCAGCAAAUCCGCAGAUUAUAUCCAGACGAUUGUUAACGCUGGAAAUCAAACAAUUGCUGAAAUUCAUUUCUAUACGCAACUAGAUUCGACAGAGAAGUCAAUAGUCAAUGCUGUUUGUACAUGGGCUGCGGCAACCAACUACUAUUCAGAGCUCUACACCCACAAACAAGAAGGUUCCGACGGUCAAGAUAUCCAUGAGAAUAUAGCAAAACAAAGAAAACUGUCAAAUUUCCUUCUCGAUGUUGCAAGAUCCAUAUUUCACGACAUUGUAUCAAUGGAUGCAGUUAUCAUUAAAGUCAUGAAUUUUGCACAAAAACUGGUGGACGCUGAUCGAGCAUCUCUCUUCCUAGUCGAUUCGAAGAACGCACAAAUUUACGCGAGAAUCUUUGACGUCGGGACUGGAGAUGAGGAACAUGUUCGUGUGAAUAGUGAAGGACAAAAGGAAAUAAGAUUCGACAUGUCAAAGGGAAUAGCCGGGUACGUGGCUUCAACUGGAGAAGGAUUGAAUAUUGAAAAUGCAUAUGAAGAUGAGAGAUUUAAUGCAGAUGUUGACUCAAAAACUGGAUACACAACAAAAACCAUUCUUUGUAUGCCAAUUUUGAUAAGAGGAAUAGUGAUCGGAGUUGUUCAAAUGGUGAAUAAACAUGAUGGAGUAUUCACUAGACAAGACGAAGAUGCGUUUGAAAUAUUUGCAGUCUACUGUGGUCUGGCUCUUCAUCAUGCAAAAUUGUAUGAUAAAAUACGGAGAUCCGAACAAAAAUAUCGAGUUGCAUUGGAAGUAUUGGCAUAUCAUAGUGUUUGUAAUGCAGAUGAAGUGAAUAAGCUAAAGAAGAUUGAGAUUAACAAUCGUAUUGUAGAACUCGAAACAAUUGAUUUCAACGGAAUGAGACUAUCAGAAUUGGAGAAGCCACUCUAUGCUGUUUAUAUGUUCAAAACUCUAUUUGCCGAUACUUUACGGUUCGACACAGAAGAUCUGAUUCGUUUCGUGUUGACAGUUCGAAAAAACUAUCGCCGAGUUGCCUACCACAAUUGGGCUCACGGAUGGUCUGUUGCUCACGCAAUGUUUGCCACACUGAUGAACAGUCCUGAUGCUUUCACCAAAUUGGAGGCGUUGGCCCUCUACGUCUCAUGCCUCUGCCAUGAUCUAGAUCAUCGUGGUAAAAACAACGCUUAUAUGAAAACAAUGUCUACUCCAUUAGCAUCAAUCUACAGUACUUCUGUAAUGGAACGACAUCAUUUCAAUCAAACAGUCACUAUUCUCCAACAAGACGGUCAUAAUAUUCUAAAGUCAUUAUCUUCUGAGGACUACAAAAAGACUCUGUCGCUCAUAAAACAUUGCAUUUUGGCAACCGAUUUGGCACUUUUCUUCUCUAAUAAAGCAAAGUUAAAUGUCAUUUUGGAUAACAACACAUUUGAUAUCAACCGGCAGGAACAUAGACUUCUCACCCAAGCCGUUAUGAUGACAGGAUGCGACUUGGUUGCUUCUGCUAAGCCAUGGAAUAUUCAAACUGAAACUGUCAAAGUGAUUUUCGAGGAGUUCUAUGAUCAGGGAGAUGCUGAACGGCUUAGUGGAAAGGAGCCAAUUCCAAUGAUGGACAGGCAGCAAGCUCAUAUGUUACCUCAGAUGCAGGUCGGCUUCAUGCGUGGGAUCUGUAUGCCCUGCUACGACUUAAUCGCGCGAAUAUUCCCGAAAAACGAUAAAAUGAGAGAACGCUGCGAAUACAACGCCAAAAAAUGGGAAGAGCUAGCCGAGGAGCAACGGAAGAAACAAGAGGCUCUUGCUCAACAAAAUGGCGAAGCUAAUGAAACUCAAGAAUAAUACAAUACUGAAAUUUCACAUAUUUCAUUAAUAUCAAUUAUUUGUAAUAUAUUAUCACUAUGUUGUCAUAAUGUUUUACUUGUAUUUCUUAUCACGAUCUCAUUAUCAAUAUCAAUAAAAAUAAAUAUAAUGAGAUAUGGAGUAUCUCAAUUAUUAAAAUU